AUGUCCUUCCCCUACAACUCGCAGCCGAUGGGGGCCGGUCAACCCCAGUAUCUGCCCCAGUACUACCAGCCCUUCCCAGCUCAGAUCUACCAAACUACCCCAGCUCAGAUCUACCAAACUACACCAGCUCAGAUCUACCAGCCCUCCCCAGCUCAGAUCUACCAGCCCUCCCCAGCUCAGAUCUACCAGACUACCCCAACUCAGAUCUACCAGACUACCCCAGCUCAAGCUCAGAUCUCUGCGGUCGGUUUCCAGUCGAUGGCGUUCCCGUCGUCGCUGCAGUACGCGGCAGCACCUGCAGUCGCUAUGGAUCCAGCUGGAUAUCAGCAGCAGACCUUGCGGGCGCCUCCCCAAGCCCAGCCUGCUCCCAGCUAUCCCAUGCAGAGCCUUCAGCCUGGCGCUCCCGGACAGCCCUUGAGUGCAGAGAUGUGCAGGGCGUUCGGGAUCAGCGGCUCCCCAGCAGCUCCCCAGCAGGCUGCGGCUGUUCCUUCAGCGGUGAACAAGACAGGAGUGAGCAAGCCGGCUGUUCCUGCUGCUACAAUCGAGGAGGAGCAACCGGUCAUUCAACCUAUCAGAGUGCCAGCACAAGCAGCUCAGCAGCAUAAGCCUGCUCCUGCUCCUGCGCCUGCGCCUGCGCCUGCGCCUGCGCCUGCGCCUGCGCCUGCGCCUGCUGCUCCGCCGGUCACUACCAUGCAAGCCAAACCUGAGCCCGUGAAGCAAGCUGCUCCCGCUAAGCCUGAGCCCGUGAAGCUCUCAACGUCAAAGGAGACGAAGGAGAAUGCGGAGGACAGGAAACCUCAAGCUGCUCCCUUGCAGAAAGCUCCUGCACCAAACCCUAAGAAUGCUUCGUUCCUCUCCUUCCUCCAUAAGGACUGCGAACUCCGGCUCGCGGUCGCCGUCGACUUCACGUCUUCGAACAAGAAGCAUGAAGUGCUCAACAUCCUCCUGCCAUUUUCGCGCGGACAGACGGUGGAGGCGAUGGGGUUCGGAGGGAAGAGAAAGGACAGCAAAGGUGAAGGAUGA